AUGCGACGGCUCCUGUCCUCGCUCGCCUCGGUCAGACCGCCAACAGCCGCCCCAGCUGGCUUCACUUAUUUUCCACGAGUUUUCAGCGACCAUGAACAGCGGACGCUCCUCAACGCUGCCCUCCAACACCUCGACGCCGCGGCCUCGACCGCUGCAAGUCGCAGAAAACGGAGAAAACUGCUCCAGACAGGUUCUGUGACAGCAGACGGUCAAGGAUUUCUCCCCGAACAGCUCUACGACUUUGAGCCGGGCCACUUUGACGGCGUAAUUAGAAAAUACAGAGAAGCUCGCAUCACAGAUGCUCACUGGCACUCGCUAGUCGCCACCGACGCCAGUCUCGACCCCGUUCUUGCAAAACUUCGGGCCCAGUUACCCCCUGAACUUGCCGUUCACCAUCAAUGCCAUGUUCUACAUCUCGCUAGUGAUGGUGAGAUUCUUCCACACAUUGACAAUGUCAAGGCCAGCGGGUCUUGCAUCCUCGGAAUUUCGCUCGGCUCUGCACGCGUCCUUCGCCUCGAAAAUUGCGACGGACAUCGCUACGAGGUCGUGCUAGAACCAGGGAGCUAUUACAUUCAACGGCAAGCCUGUCUUCGCUUGUAG